AUGGCAAGCAAUUGUUUGAGCAUCUUGGUUGUAUUUUCUUGGUUGUUGGUGUUGUUGGUGCACAGCCAUGUGGAGUCAACUGCCACCACCUUCACAUUCUCUAAAGAAGGACAAUUAUUGGUUUCGAAUAGAGAAGAAAUUCGUAAACUAAAGGAUAACAAUAUUGUUGCAAGAUUUGAAUGUGGAGAGGCAUGUAAAAUAUCAGAGUUGGUGGAUGGAAGCGGGGAGAAUCAACAUGUGCUUUAUCUUCACAACAAGACACAAAUUCGUUCGCUUAGUUUAUUUGGAGAUUCGUCAAUUCUUGUAGAGGAAAGUGUAGAAACAAUUCAGAGUUUUUUUAUGACUGAAUAUGAUGAAAUUAUUUACUCGACUGGAAAUCACAUCAAGAAACGUUUACUUUCAGGAUACAAAGUCAUUCUCGCUGGAAGCAAAUAUGAAUGUCAGGACGAAACUAAUGAUGACGAAUGUAUUCGACCUGGACAUGUGGCUCAAGACGCAAUGAGUGAAACCAUUUAUUUCUACGAUUACAGAACAAAUUUGAUUAGAAAGAUUGAAGAUGGUACUAUUCGUGAUGUGAAAGGAACUUUUGGUUAUUUUACAUUUGACAUCAAACAUGGAAUAAUUUAUUGUUCUGAUGGAACUUUUAUUAAGAGAAUUCAACCAGAUUUGACUUUUGAUAUUAUUGGUGGGAGAUUGAACAAGUAUCACGAUGAAUCGCCAGACGAAACUCUUGCUAAACAUGCCUUCCUAGAUGUUAUGAAGUUGAGAGUUUCUCCAGUUUGGGGCGAAGAAGAAAUUUUCUACAUUUCACGAACUGGUUCUCUUCGUAUGGUCGAUUCGAAUAACAAAUUGAAAACUAUCAUGGACGAUUCAGACGAAAUACAACAUUCCAAACCAAGUACCACUCACAAACGAGAACUCUUCAAACUCUACGAAGAAAUCAUUGACAAUAAUUCCACAAACAAUAACUCAACCAACUCAACUAUGGACAUUGAUUAUUAUCCUAAUGUGAACAUUACUGGAAUUAUUUCACCAGAUGGAAGUGGUAUUAAGUUUAUUGCCUAUUAUGGAAGAUCAGAUGUGUACACUCAUCAGUUAUUCUUUUCUGAUGAUUCUGGUUAUGAUUUGACAGGUUGUAUGAAUUAUCAUGAAGAGAAAUCUAUCAAAUUGACACUUUUAGAAAAGAAUGACACUGAGCUGACACAAUCGUAUACAUCUAAUUAUAUUCCUUUGAGUACACUGUUGGAAAGUUCGUCAGUGAGAAAGACAACCUUUGGAAAUUAUUGGAAACUUGACAUUUCGCUGUCAGCUCAAUAUGUUGAUCAAGAUGGUCAUUUUCAUGGUGAUUUGUGUUAUAACUAUAUAUACAAUGCGACUGUGAGUGUUAACUUGUGGAUGAUCACUCAAAGUAUUUCACAAUCUUUGACUGUUGACAAUCAAAACUUUGAUUUCUCAGUCUAUCCAAAUAAUUUCCAAGUUUCAUUCGAUUCCAAUCUAAAAGUCAAUGUUGAUUUAUAUCUGGAGAGCCAUUUUGAGAUUAGCAGUUUAAUUUACACAAAUUCCACAAGUUCUAUUGUGCAGAGUUUCUCUGUGAAUUCUUUCGAACAUUUUUUUGAUAGAAACUUUUACAAUUAUUCGAAAUAUUCACUUGAAGGAAGUUUUAAUAGUUAUGAUAUUGCCGGUGCUUAUCAGUUUAAGCUUUCUUUCUAUGAUUACAAUUCAGAAUCAUUAGAAACUUCAUUCCAGUUUAGUUUGAGUAUGUUACUGAGCGAUGAUGUUCCUCAAACUAUCUCUAAUCAAUGUACACAUGGUGGAUUGGCCUUGACAUCUACCAAAUGUUUCUGUCAAGCUGGUUAUUAUGGAGACGUAUGUCAAUCCUUCAAUUGUUAUGGAAAUUCCUCAGUGUCAGAUGUUGUUUGUUCUGGGCAUGGUCAAUGUUCAGCUCCUGAUGUUUGUUCUUGUAUUCCUAUUUACGGAGGUUCAGUUUGUCAAAAUAUUUUAAUCUACCAUGUUUCAGCAGCCUUAUCAUCUACCUUAAUUGUCAAGGGUGAUUCACAAGUUGUGACAGCUACUGUCACUGCCACAGAAUAUCCAAUUCAAAACUUAAUGUUUACAUUAAUAUGUUUGAAUUGUGAGUUGGUAACUACAUUCCAAAGUACUGAUUCCUUCUCAUUGGACUUUUCAAAUGUCAAUACUGGUAGCUAUUAUUUUACACUUUAUGGUACAACAAUUGACACUUCCAUCAAAUCUCAAUUGUUUGACUUUGUAGUACAGGUUACCUCCCAAACAUUCAGAGCAGUUCAAUCUCUAGAAUCCUAUGGAAUACCAACUUAUUACCUACACACCUCCAAACAAGUUCAAUUAUCAGCAAUUAUUUCCAAUAUUACAUUAUCUGAUUAUUCUCAAGUUUCAGAUUUCAAUUGUCUCUAUCAAGAUUGUUCAUUCAGUUAUAGUUACUCAAUCAAAUUGAGAAGUUUAUCAAGCACUCAAUUAUUGAAAUCUUCAAAUGGAAUGUUGAACGGAAAUGGAAAUCAAUUUGGAAUUUUAUUGUCACCUCCAUUGUCACUGAGCACUGUUGUGAGUUUAGAGUCAUUGGAUAUUACAAAAAUUACGGUUGAUUUGAAUUUCAGAAAUGGUUUACAAAAUUUCUUUACAUUUAUUGAGAUUCCUGUUUUGAGUUUACCUAAAAUACCAGAUGUCAUCACUAUUGAACCAUCUACAGGUGUUGCUAUUGCCACAAGAUUCAAUAUUUCAUCAAGUGGUUGGAUUGCUGAUUUCCAAUUACAACCACUUUCGUUUGCUUAUGGUUUCUUCCAUCCUACUUUACAAAAAUCUAUUAGAAUUACACAAUUCACGACGGUUAGUGAUAUAACCUUUCCGCUUCCAUUCGUAACCAACGAUUCUCUUCCAAUUAUUGCAUUUGUCCAAGAUGUUAAUGGAAAUCUUCAAGAAUACUCAAUUGGAAGUGUCAUUGUAACUUCUUAUCCUAAUUCGACUGCAGAUUUAAUGAAUUCAACAUGUUACGAGUUGAAGAAUGUUCUCUUGUAUGAUCAGUCAAUUGAGAUUACUCCAGAAGUUAUUUUACAAAAAGUCAUUGCUAUUGAGAUUAGUCAAGAAAAUGCCGAAACUGCUCUUUCAGCUUUGAAUGUUCUAACUAAGGAAACUGAGAAGGUUACCACUGAGAUUGUAACAGAAGUCACCAAGAAAGUUGAUACUUACAUGGAAAACGUUGUUGACACUUACACAGUUGAGCUGAAUACUUAUGGUUAUGUUAAAUCAAAGGUUUCUACCGAAGUCUUGACAAGUACUUUGCAAGUUUUGUCGAAUAUCAUUAGUACAGACAAUACCUCAACUAACACUUCAACAACUGAUUCAAGUUCUUCACCUUCCACGCCAGCUGUCACUGUUCAAGAAACUGUCGAGCAAACAUUGACAACUUUUAAUACUCUAGUUAUGAAAGGACAAGUUCCAACUGUAUUAAGCUCCACUGGAUCAACAUCUUCUGAUGAUUCGAAUAAGAAUAACACGAGUACCUCCGCAACUACUACUGAAACUCAAGUUACCAUUCCAAGUGAAACAUAUUCAAGUCCAGCAAUUGUCACAACUGUUGCUACGAUUGUGUUACAGACCACUACAGCUCCAUCCAAUUCUUCUCAGACAUCUGCCAGUCAGACUAAUCCAGAUUCCACACCUGUCAGUACUCCAGUUGUGAAAAAUAUUUUGGAAAGUGGAUUUAACAGUAGUGUUGUACUGAAUAUUGCAAGUAUUGCCAAGUCAACUGGAGGUACAAAUGCUGUCAUUGGAUUGUCAUCUGUCACCUAUGCCAAGAAUGUAGAUGCUAAUGGAAACAAGACAGCAUCCUCAAUUAUUGAUUUUAAAUAUUAUCAAAACUAUAAUUUGACAAAACUUUCUGAUUUAGCAGAUCCUAUCGUUCUUAAUUUGGCAAUUUCCAAAGAAGAAUUUACCAAGUUUACUAACGAAACUGAAAUUGUUUGUAAAUUUUGGGACGAAACCUGUAAAAAUUGGAAGACUAAGGGAAUGUUAUUCAUUGGAUUGACUGCUAAUCAAGUCAACUGUAGCUCCAAUCACACAACAAAAUUUUCCACAUUUAUCGAAUACAAACAAACUAAUGUUACAGGAACUAAUGACAAAUCAAGUCCAACCAUUGCACAAGCUGUGGAAAUCUCCAAACUGUACUAUGCUGAGAUUGCAUUUGGUGUGGUGUUUACAUUACUUUCUGGUUUCGUAUUGGUCAUGUUGAUUAUUUUCAGAAAUAAGCAACCAGUUUCGUCCAGAUUAAUUACACCUUAUUUGGGAAUGAUUGCUUUACUGACAGAAAGUAUUUUGAUUUCCAUAGUUCAGAGAUCUGUCCUAAUUGACUAUUUAUUCCAAACAAAUACCAAUAUUUGGGAAGAAGAACAAAAUUCUGCGAAUAUUGUUGGUAACGUUACAAUGAUCAUUGUAAACACUUUGAAUUUGACAGCAAUUCUUUCCUAUGUGAUUCAAGUUGUGAGAUUUGAAUUACUCAAACUUUUAUAUGGAAAAAUCUCAACACACAAACCGAAAGGUUCAGUAAGAUUCAGAUUUUUGAAGGUUUUGACAUCUGCUCGUGUAUUCAUGUCAAUAAUCAUUUCAUUUGCAAUUUUGAAUAUUUUGUAUUGGACUUUGUGGGUAAUUUUAGUGAGAACCAAUGUCAUUCCUGCACAAACCUAUACAUAUAUUGUGUCCAUUUCAUACACUGUCAUUAUCUUCCUUUUUAGUAUCAUUAUUUCACUUGUGGCAAUUAUUGACAUUUCAGUUUCUUAUUAUAGAAAGAGAAGUAGAGGAGGUUUCAGAAAUUUGGAAUCGAUGGGAUCAACCGAUUUGAAUUCAUUAAGAAAGAAGACCACAAUUAGAAUUUCGAAUAUUAAGGGAAAGGUCAGCAGAGCUGGAGUUCAAGUUUUCUCAUUAGAUUCUCCACUAUUCUUUAGAACUGAAAUGGCUAUUUAUUUGGUUUACUUUGCCUUGCUAAUUGUUCAACAAUCUCUUGGGUUGACCAGUAAUGAAUAUAGAUUUAAGGGAACUACUGUUUAUGAUACAGCACUCAAAUAUGAUGUUGCUGUAUUUAUUAUGGAAGUUUUGUAUCAAUUCUGUUAUGUUUUGGUAUUUGGUGGUUUCUCCUUACUCAUCCUUCUCAAAUUAUACAUUCAAAAGAAGGUCAACUUGGACAAGAUUGGAAAUAUUUCCAAGUUGUCAAUAUUCUUGCAAGAUCAAGAUGCACGUCAAGUAUUUGAAAAAUUCUGUCAAUCAGAAUUCUCAACUGAAAAUAUUUAUCUCUAUGACUAUCUAUUGAAUAAUGAACUAUUCACAAGUGGAAGAUAUUUGGAUGGAAUUUCAGACUUUUUGAAAAAUAUUCAUGAUUUAUUCAUGGUUUCGAAUGCUGUUUGUGAAGUGAAUGUGCCAUCAACGACCAGAAAGAAAUUCAUACUCUUGUACAAGCAAGUGAAUGUUGAAAAUAAGGAUUUGGAAAUGAUGGAUUCGUCUGAGGGAGGAUUGAGAAAGCAAAUUGCUGAUUGUUUCAAUGAUUUGCAAGCACAGAUUGAAUUGAAUAUGGAAGAUACAUUCUCAAGAUUUAUAACUUCCCAAUUAUAUGAUGACUUUUUGAAACAGAAGGAUUUAAAGGUUAACUUUGCAAAACAAAUGAGAGUUGACUUGGAAUAA